AUCCGCCCGGCUGCCUGCUCGGUUACCACAACAAAGCCGGGACAAGUGGGGGCCGAGAGGGACGCGGCGGCGGCCGCUGGUGCUGCUUCUUGCCGGGUGGUAGGGCCUGCGGUGCCUCCUCGCCACGGAAGGUUCCUGGAGGGCGGUUGGGGGCGGUUGGGGACGACGGGCAUGUUCCUCCCCCGUCUGCGGCAAUUUUUUCCCGAAACAAGGUGACACUUCAUAUUUUAUUAUGGACCGUUUUGAAGACAUAUCAGAUGGUGAAGUGGAUCAUGCCUUCUUUGACAGUGACUUGGAGGAAGAGAAAAAGAAAGUUGAAGAACAUGGUGAAUAUAUAGAGAAAGGAACUACAAAGGCAGAUCUUGCAGAUACUUCUCUGGCUUCUAAUUCAAAGGAUGAAGAGUAUUGUGAGGAGAAAAGUGAAGAAAAGCAGAUAGAUUUGCAGAAGGAUCAGACCCUACAAAAUAGCACAGAUCCUGUUGAAGCUGCUUCAUCUGUGACAGUUUCUCCUUUUGCAGAGAAUGAAGGUGGAGCAACACCUGCAGCAAACACAGGAACACAGGAGAAUGUUCCUGCUGGAAUUCCCAAAAUAGUUAAAGAAGGUGAAGAAGAUUAUUAUACAGAUGAAGAAAAUAGUAGUGAUGAUGGCAAAAAACAGAAGGUUAGACCAAAGUCAGCUAAGCAACCAAACAACAUAAAAAAGGCUACCAAAAAAUAUACUAUCAGCUCCUCCUCCUCUUCUUCCUCCUCCUCAUCCUCCUCAUCAUCAUCCUCAAGCUCAGAUACAGAUUGUUCUGAUACGGAUUCUGAUAGCUGUUUAUCAGAUUCAUCUCAUUCUUCCCCAAAGAACGGUGCUUGUAGAAAUGCUCUUCUGUCUCCAAAGCAAAAAUUCAAGUCAACAAUGAAACUAGCAGAAGAAAAAACAAAACUUGGUGAUGAUUUGGAGGAGUCUGAAGACACAGUGACUGAUGUAACACCUCUGUCAACUCCAGACAUCAGUCCUAUCCAGUCGUUUGAAUUUGUAGCAUCAAAUGAUAAGAAACUGAAAGUAAAGAGACAGGAAAAUGUGAACCAAGAAUUAUAUGAUUCGGACUUUGAUCGCAGAUAUAGUCGAAAAGUCUUGCAUGAUGCCAUGGACCUGAAUCAGCUUCUGAAAGCUUUUUUGCAGUUGGAUAAAAACGAGCAAAAACUAACUAUCGAUCAGCCAUCUAAAGGAAUAAGGAAAAAUUACUCUUUCACAAAUGAAGAAGUAAGACAAAUUGAUCGGGAAAACCAGAGGCUGUUAAAAGAACUGUCCAGACAGUCUUCAAGGCCAAAGAGAAGUAGCACGUUAAAGACGUCGUCCUUAGUGCCGUCUAGAUUGUACCACAGUGCCCUCAACAGGCAGAAAGAGCAGCAAAGAAUUGAAAGAGAAAACCUGGCUUUCCUGAAAAGGCUGGAAGCGGUGAAACCAACAGCUGGUAUGAGACGUUCUGAACAGCUGAGGGACUAUCACCGCCACAUGAGCUAUCUGAAUACUUCACCUUCUGUAAAAAGGGGUAAAUCUCCUUUAAGCCAGCUUAGUCCUCCAAGAGGAACUUCAUCCAUUGUACAAAGUACACCGAGCCAGAGGAACGAAAAGUCCUUAUCUGAUUCAGCCAGUGCGGUAUUACAGAGACCUAAACCCACUAAUGUUCGUGCUGCUUGGUUAUAAGUGUGUUCUUUGCCUCACAUUCUGAGAUGAUACUCAAACUUCUAUUUUUAGUGCUUUUGUAAAUUCUAUGUGCAAAAGUAUUUUCUGCAUUGUUCAGUGAUUAAAAUGCAUUGCAUUUAAUGUAAUUGCUGAUCAAAUGUUUUUUAAAUGGUGUAAAACACUAUGACAGGAAGAAGUUGUGAAAGAGGAGGUGGUAUUUAAAUGGACAAAUUAAAUAGAAAUUAAACUAUUAUUUUAGUCUUCAAUCGUAAGUGGAAUUUGUAUCCUUAAGGAAGGACAGAAUUGCUUCACUAUAGGAGCAAGACGUAAAUACAGUUUUUUAAUUAUUAUUAUUUUAAAAUCAUGCAUUAAACUUACAAGCAUAUGCCUAAUUCCUGGAUUGUUUGUACUUUACAUCCUGACUUUAUGCAAGCCUUCUGAAUUUUGUAGGUCAUGUGCUUGUGAUUGAAAGAAUCUUUAACAGCAGCAUGAAGAAGUGAAAAGCAGAUUGUGUAUUCCUGCAUGGUGAGCUAGAAUACUGAGGCUGCAGAAGAUGAUGUUUUGCUGCUUUCAAACAUUCAGCACCUGGAGUGUGUUUUGUAUGCAAGGCUGUGUCUCUUUCAGAUCAAAAGAAUUUUGGAAGUUGUGGAAUUAUGGAAUCUUUGCACAGGAAAGAAGCAUCUGAUAUUAUUUGAACAACAGUAAAGACUGAAGUAAACAGUUUUGGAUUCAGUGUAAACAAGAGAAGUUCUAGUUACUUCUCAAACUAGAGAAUAAUAUUAAACAAGGGAAAUAUUUCAUGGUUCUGCUUUUGCAGAUAAGUGCUCUUCUCAGUGGGGAGAUGUAAACUUGAGUUCCAGAAAACAUCUUGAUCAUUUGAUUUAGAGUGACUACUAACCAGGAUUUAGGGAGGAAAAAAAGACAGUAGAAAACAAAGUCUUGUUAUGUUUCUUGACCUGUUUUUAAAUGUCAUGUUUAUAUCCAAUAUUUGUGGUAAUGUCAGAUAAGCUCCAAUAGCAACAUCCAUUUACAAGAGGAGUAAAAUUUAAUGGCAUUGGUAAUAGGAUAGUAGGUGGUGUGAUUUAUUUCUAUACAUAAAGGCAAACUUUCAGUUUGGUUUGUAGAACUGUAGCCUUAUAAAGAGCAUAAAUUGUGAUGCCACUAUCUGUGGAUAUUGCUGAAACUUUGCUUGCUUCCCCAGCUUCUUCCCAGGAGUGAUACAGGAAAUCUCUGUAUUAUGGAUAAAGAAAAAAUCUCUAUUUGGUAAUGCUGGGUCUUUGACAUGAAAAAUGUGUUAUUCUUUACUAGUGCUUGCAUGAGAGCCUAGGCUUUCAGGUAUUCUGCAUUGUAACACACUUUUUACUCAGUCCUUGUGGUAGUUUUGGCAGAGCUUCUUCACUUGGUGACCUGCAGAUCAAAUUUAGCUGUUAGACAAUACUUGGAACUUGUAACUUUAAGCAGCAUUGUGGCAAACAGAUUUGUAUUGCAAUUAUUAUCCAUGGUUAGGAACUGUUAACGAUUUCUUUGUAUAGUGCUGCUGUAUUUAUUUCUAUUAUUGUGCAAAUUAAAAUUAUUCUCUAUUUAAAGAUUUUUGUCCUUGAAUGUGAAUAUGAGAGUAACAGUUUAAAUACUUCUGAAUAUUCAUAUUAUAAUUUUUUCUGUGAGGAAAUUCACACAAUGGAUUACUUUUACUUGCGUCAUCUUAUUUAACUUUGGUAUGAAAGAGUGUCAGUUUUGUAUGUAAUUUGUAAAAUCAUUAGAAAUAAAAUAUUUAA